CUCGGCCGCCCGGAGUGGACCUUUCUCCUCGUGCGGGUCCCGCCCGCCGGCGUGCGGCGCCCCCGCCGGGCUGCCUCUGCUCCGGCCGCCGGCGACCCUCGCCCCUUCACGGGCUUCGUGGCCCAAGCCAAGUGUCCCACGGAUGGGCCCACGUCUGUUGUUCUAGAAGCCGUCAACUCAGACGGCCCCCAGGCCAUCGAGUCUUCAGUGUCCUGCCAGCUCGGCGUACACCUGCCCUGUGUUGUCAGCCUGGUAAGGGUCAAUAGGAACCAAGAUCCGGUGGUGUUGACCAGGAGAAUGGACACGACCUUGAAUGCAACCUUUCAGUUCGACUGCCUGCAAGCCACGUUAAUUGAUGCGAGGUGGAGAGUCUAUUCAGUGCCCUCCGUGUCCCAUGUGCCAGACUGGAAUCAGCCUUUGGACGUUCCACAGCUCAGCUUAGGGGCAACUCCAGCGUAUAUGCGUAUCCCCCCAAAUUCUUUAUCUUGGGGGGUGUACGUGUUUAAUUUCACUCUCGACAUCUACACAGCGAGGUCAAAUACGCCUGUGGCAGCAGGCUCCGAUGCCGUAUACGUCUCCGUUGUUCGCAGCGACCUCCAGGCGGUGGUUGUUCCUGCCGGGCCCAGAAUAACGAUAAAUUUCACAGAUGCGCUGGUUCUGAAUGGAACAGGGUCCUCGGACCCAGAUUCCAGCAACUCCUCCACCGGACUCCUUUUUUCUUGGUACUGCACCACAGAUAACACAAACUACCAAGGAGAGAGGAUUACCCUGGUGAGCACGAAACUCUGUCUGGCUGCGAAGCAGACCGAUCUGCGGUGGAAAGGGGUCUCUGGCCCCAUCCUGUCCCUUUUGCCAAGAACACUGAGAGGCAGAAAUGUGUAUUAUUUCAGAAUGGUGAUCCGGAAGGGCAGUCGAACAGCGUUUGCGGAUAGGAGGGUGGACGUGCUCCUGGGACCAACACCCGCAGCGCACAUUUCAUGUGUUGAAAAUUGUGAUAACGUUUUGGUGAUUUCGGCUAGGUUCUCUUUGUUUCUAAACUGCCCAGCGUGUGCAGGAGAGCAUAAUUCCUAUAACUGGUCGGUUCUGUCGACUUCAGGUAAAGAGAUCGCGUUCGACUGGGCGAAGGAAAGCACAACAGGGAGGACCAGGGCUCAUCUGUCCAUAAAAGCUUUUGCUUUUAGGGCUUUCUCUGAAGCUGAGUUUUGGCUGUCUCUAUAUUCAGUAACUUGGAGCGGAGCACCCUUGAAAUUGAAAUACUCCUUUACUAUUAACCACGCCCCUGAAACUGGGAAGUGCAACAUGACUCCAACUCAGGGGCUUGCGUUUUUAACCAAGUUUGUCAUCCGGUGUACUAAUUUCACGGAUAAGGACAUCCCUCUUACAUACAAAAUGGUAGUUUCUGAUUUGUACGGUUUCGGGCAAAUGGGCUCUGUGAAAGAGAACCCGUUGGGGGCCAUCCUGCACUGGGGGCCUGAGUCCACAUCACCCCCUUCCUUUCUCCCUGUUGGUGUGUUGGCUAAUCAUUAUGUCAUAAAGGUCGCCGUUCAGGUAUAUGACUCUCUAGGCGCCUACACUCUGGUGGCCCUGCACGCCACCGUACGGCCUCCUAUGGACAGAAUCUCGUCAAGGAGCGUGCUUGAUCGACUAUUCAACUUCACCAUGGGGCCGAGUUCACCACUCUCCACUUUGCUCGACGAGCAGGCCUUUCUACCCGCAGGUUACUUGAUUUAUAUCUCGGCUUCCAUUGUGAACAACAUGGAAACGAACUUAACUUUGCAAGCCGACAAAAUCAGACUCCGGGAACACCUGGUCAACCAGACCUUCCUUCUUCCCAACGGCACCUUGGAGGAAAUUAGCCAGGUGGUCAUGUGUGUGACCAAAGUAACCCAGACGACCUCUGGAUUCAGUCGAAUGGCUCACAAACUUGCCAUGCUGAGGACCUGGCAAGCCAACCACGCCCUACGACAAUCUCAACAAACAGGCAAACCCUUUGACGCUGAGCAGAUAGAAAUCGUGAGCACCGGGAUAUUAACCAGUUUGUCUAAUAUCCUUAAACUGACUGUUCACUAUGAAGUAAUCGAUGAGCCUUUCUAUGGGUUGGAGUUGCUAGCAGAUACAAUAUUGGCUGGCAUGGUGCCAGGGAAUGAAACCAUUGAGAUGACGACCUCCAGCUUUAACAUGUACAUCAAGAAAGUGGAAAAGAGGGAUAUUGAGGAGCUCUUCAGCAGUGAGGAGCUUGGUCGAAAUCGUUUCCAUCUGCUGCUAAAUUCGAGCAGUGUCCCCAGCAUGCCCGAAGAUGCUCUGAUCACUAUCAUGUUUUGUGAGUUUGCAGAUGACCCCUUUCCUUGGCUGACUCAGCAGGAAAUGUCCUCCGUGGAGGUGGUUGGGUUCAGAAUGACAGGCGUCGCCGCCGAUGGCAACGUGAUAGAGAUCACGCCCGAUGUAGCAGAAAUGCACAUGGUCAGAAAAAACUUGAACUCUGCGGCCUUUAAUCUCACGGUGGGACCGGACAACGCGCCGGGUAAAGUUAAUGAGCUCUUCAAAAGGACGACAGGGGAGUUUAGCUUUGAGGUGGACAGCAGCGCGGUGAACGAGGUGCUGGUCCACAUCGUGACGGAAGUGACCCUGGUGUUCACGGCAUCGGUAUACGCCGGCCGUGAGAUCACCCCCGCCGCCUUGGUGGCCACCUUCUUCGUGCCCUAUGACAUCCCUCCCAUCAGCAACCAGAGUGAGCUGUUUGACGGGGCCUGUGCGGUGAAGGCGGCCCGCGUGAUUUGCCUCCCGUUGUCCCUGCUGCAGCUCGUAGCCCAGCGAGGCAGCUCGUCGGAGUGCACCAUGACCGUGACCCUGCAUGCUCCUCGCUUCGUCAUGGCGCCCAGCACCAAGCUAGUGAGGAUUGCCCUUUUCAGCGUCCAGUGCUUGGACAUGUACGGGAUCCAGAGCGAUUGGAGAGAAGACUCCUGCGUUGUGGGAGAGAAGGCCACCUGGGACAAGAUGCACUGCGUCUGCAAAAGCCCCAGGAGGGCCCGGCGGCAGCUGGAUGCGGUCGCGAGGGCCAGCGCGCACCUGCAAACGCACUUUCUGACGGCCAAGGUGAUUGUGGUCCCUAAUCCCGUAGAUCUACGGCUGGAGCUCAUCAAGAGCGUCCCCCAAAACCCAGUGACUCUCUUUGUUGUGCUUUUCAUUAUGCUCACGUACGUAUUCCUAGCGUUCUGGGCCUUGCACAAGGACGCCAUGGACCAGCUCCUGCGGCAGGACAUGAUCAUUCUGCCCGACAACGACCCUUACGAUAAGGUCUGCUACCUGCUCACCAUUUUCACCGGCGCCCGCUAUGGGGCCGGGACCAGGGCCAGUGUCUUCAUCCAGCUGAAGGGGACGGAGGGCGACAGCAGCGUGCAUUGUUUGAGCCACCCCUACUUUACCACCCUCUACCGGGGAAGCAUCAACACUUUCCUCCUCACGACAAAAAGCGACCUGGGGGACAUCCACUCCAUUCGCGUGUGGCACAACAAUGAGGGCAGAACCCCCAGCUGGUAUCUGAGCAGAAUCAAAGUGGAAAAUCUGUUCAGCAGACACAUCUGGCUCUUCCUCUGCCGGAAAUGGCUUUCUGUUGACACCUCUUUGGACCGAACGUUUCACGCCAUCAGCCCCAACCAGCCCCUGAACAAAAAGGACUAUUUCCUGAUAGAUUUGAUUUACAAGCUGGGGAGAAACCACAUGUGGUUCUCCGUUUUCUCCGGGGUCAGCGCAAGGCCGUUCAACAGGCUGCAGAGACUGUCCUGUUGCCUAGCCAUGCUGCUGUCCUCCCUUUUAUGCAACAUUAUGUUCUUUAAUCUCAACAAAAAAGAAGACGUGGAGGCCGAUAGGAAGUACAUCAGGUCGGUGAUGAUAGGACUGGAAAGUGUCCUGAUCACGCUGCCUGUGCAGCUCCUGAUCGCUUUCCUGUUCACCUAUUCCCAGAAGGAAGCUCGGGUGACUCUCCAGGAGGCGUCUCCCCUGGAGACCCCCUUCGUACCAGUCUCCAGCGAGUACUGGGAGGAACGGCUGAGAAAGUGGCACGCUGAGGAAACCGAGGGCGCCCCCGGCGAGGGGACUCGGAAGCCUGCCCGCGGGAAAAGCGCCAGACUUCAUCGGAAGGCUCCCAACAGGGGGACCGUCACAAAGCAGCACCCGCAUAAGAAAGCAGAGAGCAAGGUCCCCCACCCCCAGGAGGCAGAUGCGCACGCCGGUAAGGAGAAUGCAGAGGGCAGUGGAGGCGGCGCGCCUGCGCGGCAGCCCUCCCAAGAGAAUCCUCCAGAACUCCAGAAGCAGAGGAUCGUCCUGCCCUGGUGUUUCGUUUACAUAGCGUGGUUCUUGGUUUUCGCCACUUGCAGCGUGUCUGCGUUCUUCAUCGUGUUUUAUGGGCUGACCUACGGCUACGAAAAGUCCAUAGAGUGGCUCUUUGCCUCGUUUUGUGCCUUCUGUAUGUCCAUCUUUCUGGUGCAGCCGUCCAAAAUCAUACUCCUGUCGGGCUUCAGGACAAGUAGGACCAAGUACUGCAAAAACCUCUCGUGGGCGAGCCGGCACCACUACACCGAGAUGAAGCUGUUCCACGUGAAGAUGACCCCGGAAGAAAUGCGAAGGCGACACGAGCAAGUCACGCAGCUGCGGAGCUCCAGGAUGUACCAGCCCCUCACCGACGACGAGGUCCGAAUAUUCCAGCGAAAGAGGCGGGUCAAGAGACGGGCGCUCCUGUUCCUCAGCUACAUCCUCACCCACUUCCUGUUUCUGGCCCUCUUGCUGAGCCUGGUGGCCCUCCUGCGCCACACCGACAGCUUCCACUACAACCAGUUCAUCCGCGACCAGUUCUCGGCGGGCCUCGGCGCGGUGACCAGGCUGGAGGACAUCUAUGGGUGGCUGGGCGUCGCCCUGCUGCCUCUGCUCCACAACGACCCGAUGCCCACUUUUCUGCCCGACAGCUCCUCCAGGAUCCUCGGCCUCCCGCUCCUGCGGCAAGUGAGGGCCAGGCCCGGCGAAAGACUCUGCCCGCCUGCCAAAGAUUUCGCGCAGGACAGCGUGGCGAGAGAAAUCCGCUGUCACCCCGAGUAUGGCAGGGACCCAGAAGACACUGAAAGCUACUCCAACGGCUGGAACAGAGUCAGUAAGCGGGCCGCAGACAAGAACACCGACGGGUUUACUUAUAAGCCUCCGGAGAAGACGUGGGUGUACUUCUCCCAUGGACUCUUACACACCUACGGGUCGGGAGGCUACGGCUUCUAUUUUUUUCCGGAGCAGCAGCGGUUUAACUCCAGCCUGAGGCUCCAGGAGCUCCAGAGCAGCGACUGGCUUGACGAGAGGACCUGGGCGGUGAUUCUGGAGCUGAGCACCUUCAACCCCGACGUCUGUCUCUUCUGUAGCGUUUCUGUCAUUUUUGAGGCUUCGCAGCUAGGAGUCGUGAACACGAGCAUCUCCACGCAUUCCUUCUCGCUUGCCAAUUUCGACAGGAGGACGUCCACUGAGCUCUACCUGUACGUGGCUGUUCUCAUUUUCUUCUUUGCCUACGCCGUUGACGAGGGUUACGUCAUUUUGCAGGAAGGGACCUCCUACGUGACGAGUGUGUACAAUUUGCUCAACUUGGCUCUGAAAUGCAGUUUUGCCGUGCUGAUCGCCCUGUUCCUCAGGAAACAUUUCCUGGCCACCAGCAUCGUUCAGUUCCACCUGUGGAACCCUGCCGAGUUUGUCCCCUUUCAUGCCGUCUCCCGGCUAGAUCACGUCAUGAGGGUCAUUUUGGGCUUCCUGUUAUUUCUGAGUGUCCUGAAGACGCUCAGGUACUCAAGGUUCUUUUACAACGUGCGCCUGGCUCAGCGGGCCAUCCAGGCCGCCCUUCCCGGCAUCUGCCACGUGGCCCUGGUGGUGGCCCUGUACUUGUUCGUGUACGUGGCCUUCGGCUACCUGGUGUUCGGCCAGCAUGAAUGGAACUACAGUAACCUGAUUCACGCCACGCAGACGAUUUUCGCCUACUGCGUCUCAGCGUUCCAGAACACCGAGUUCUCCGACGACCGGGUGCUGGGGGUCCUCUUCCUCUCGUCUUUCCUGCUGGGGAUGAUCUGCAUCCUCAUCAACUUGUUUCAGGCGGUGAUCCUCUCUUCCUACGAGGAGAUGAAGCAGCCCGUGUACGAGGAGCCGUCGGACGAAGCGGAAGCCAUGACCUAUCUGUGUCGCAGGCUGAGAGCCGUGUGCAGGUGUCUGCCCUUCCGACCCAAGGACCCGGAUGAGCCAGAAUUCUUCGAGGACAUGCUGUACGGGCAGCCGGAGAAGAACAGCCGCCGGCACCUGGGGCUCAAGACCAGAAACGUUAACGGGAAGAAAAUGGUGUAUCUUGUUGUGUGAGCCGAGGCAGUGUCCAGAACCACAGGCGAGGGCUCCGCACCCCCGCAACGCCACCCCUGCCCCGGACGUAAGGAAUGUUCAGUGGCCCGGCCAUGCUUUCUGCCCGUCACCUUUAAAAUGCACACCCCUACAUUUGGCAGUA